GGGCCCAGCUGCCCGCGGCCGCAGCACUUUGGCGACCGUCAGCGGCGGCGGCGGCUAAACCCAAACAAAAACCCUAGCGGCUGAAUCCUCCCUCCUAUAUAUAUACAGCUCCAGACGGGAGGCAACGAGGCAGGGCCAUCCGCCAUCCACAUUCCUACACCCGUGCUACUCCGGUUGAACCUCCAGAGGCGAAGAGCAAUGGCGCGCGCUCAGGUCACCAGGCUGCUCUCGCUCAGCCGGCGGGGCUACGCCGCCUCGGCUGGGGCAGAGCGCGCGUCGGCGAUGGCGGCGAGGAUCUCGGCCACGGAGGGCGCCGCCGGCAGGGAGAUCUUCUGGAUGAGGGACCCCAAGACGGGCAACUGGAUCCCCGAGAACCGGUUCGCCGAAGUUGACGCCGCCGAGCUCCGGGCGCAGCUGCUAUCCAGAAAGGGCACUGCCCCCAAUCCCGCCCAAUUCUGAGAUUUUGAAACUUCAAAUCUUUAAUUAUCGUGAGGAAUCACUUUAUUCGUUUCUAUUGUUAGAAUUGUCUCGUGUCACAAAAAUAAAAUCAUGCAGUAUUGGGUUGCUCGCCCAAUUUGCCAUCGCUACUGCAGCUGAAAUUACAGAUCGUGUGUAGUGAAAUGCAACGAAAUGUACAAGAGAGCGGGGUGUAUCGAUGAGCAAUGAUUUGGGAAUUCAAAA